CGGACCUUUUUUAGUGCUCUCCCUUUCCACAUCACUCAAUUCACAACAUGGCGGAUACUCUGUCAGUUGAAGAGUGUCAGGCGCACAUUAAGGAUAUUCGCAACAACCAUGGCGCAGAUGCGCGCAACGAAAGCGAGAAAUUUCUUCGCAGAGGAUAUGAGUCGAUGUUGAAACUCCUGUCCGCACAGCUGUACAGCGAACCCAGCCAUUUCCUCUUUGAGCUCAUCCAGAACGCCGACGACAACGUAUACACGGACGGAGAACAGCCUCAAGCCACCCUCGCCUAUCGAUCCGACGGUCUUCUGUUAUUUGCCUGUAAUGAGCAGGGCUUCUCCAAGGCAAACGUGAGCGCCAUCUGUGAUAUGAACCAGAGCACCAAGACCCUCUUGAAAGAGGGUAAGAAAAGCUGUAUUGGUGAGAAGGGCAUCGGCUUCAAGUCUGUCUUCAAAGUCGCGGAGAAGGUUUGGAUCAAGUCCAACAACUUUUCGUUCAUGUUCGACAAGAGUACACCUCUAGGCAUGGUUGAUCCGGUCUGGGCAAAGUUUCCAGAAUUUCCACCCCAGCUCCAGAUGAACACGAUGAUAUGUUUGAAGAUCGAGAAGCAGGAGGACCGUGAUGUGGUCAAAGACCAGUUGACCAAAGUCCUCGAGCCAUCAUCCUUCAUGUUCUUGCGACGUCUCACCCGCAUUCGAGUUGUCCGACUCGAUGACUCUGGAGACACUUUUGACGAGAUAGUCAUGUCUCACGAUUCCCGGCCACUCACACCCCUCAACGACGAUCUUCAAAUCGUCACUACCACCAGAAGCAAGGGUACAAGGUCAAAGCGGUCGCGUUAUCUGCUUUCUGAUUACACCGCUCGUGAGAUGCCCUCUACCGAACAAAGACAAGGUGUCACAGAGACAUCGAUCAAGCUGGCAUUCCCCAUCGACGACCAGCAACGACCUCUCAUCGUCAAGCAAGAUGCAUACGCCUUCCUGCCCGUUUGUUCUUCCGGCCUUCCUUUCCUCGUUCAGGCAGACUUUUUGCUAGUCGCUAGUCGACAAGGCGUUGACGAAUCCCAGCCAUGGAACCGUCGUCUCCAAGACCACACGGUCCACGCGCUUAUUCAGGCCUUCCAGCGACUUAACGACACUCACCUGAAAUAUGCCUGGCCUGCUUACCUUCCAGAAAAGCAAGUCGCUCACAGAUUCUUCGACAAGAUGAAGGACAACUUCUUGACCCGUGUCAAAGAUGUCAAAAUCUUGGAAUCGCGGUCUGGUGAGCUUGCUAAGCCUAAAGUGAUGAUGCUGGUGCCUGAUCGAUACAAGGAUACGGAAGGAGCGCCCCUACUGACUCCCUUGAAUGAUCGAUAUCUCUCGACCAAUUACGACACAACUCAUGUUUCCUCGCUAGUCACCCAGGCUCUGGACGGCAAGAAAUUUUUCGAAAUGCUCAAGACCUAUGUCUCAAAGCAGGCUGAAGAGUAUCGCAAAAAGCCCCACGAAUGGCACGGAAAGGUAUCUACAGUCCUUAUGGCGGAGCAGAAGCAAUUCAACCUCGACGAUCUCCUGAUCUUACCUAUCGUCCCUCUUGACGACGGCUCAUGGAUCAAUGCCAAAAGCCGUAACAAGCCAUCUUAUUCGAGGGUAGCCAACAGAUCAACCGCAUCUACGGCCUUCUAUUUGCCACGUUCUGAUGCCAACAUCGUCAUUCCGAAAGGUGUGUCGCUGUCCAUCGUCGAGCACAACGCUUCUCGCAACGAAGAGCGAAGAAGCUUCCUACGUCAUGCCGGCGCCCAAGACCUCGAUUACGAAGACGUCCUUAGGGGCAUAAUCAAGCAACACAAAGAAUCGAUUGCGAACGCUGACAUCGAUCUGCUACUGUCUCAUGCGCAGUAUGUUUUCAGCCUGCCAUCUGCCUCAAGGUUAGCGCAAAAUCUGAGUACGACCCUCUGGCUUGCCGACUCAAGAGGUGAGCAAUUCCGUGGCAUCGAGCUCCACAUGGACAGUCCAUACAAGCUGGCAGUGAGUCAAAUCUUCCCAGCAAAUUUGACAGUAGCUCGUUUCAUCCACUCAAAGUACAUGGACGUCUAUCAAGGAAACGUAGAGCUACGUGCUAAAUGGCUGGCUUGGUUGCGGGAGUGCUUGGGUGUUCACGAUAUCCCUCGACUGUCCAACAAGACAAACAAAGGUCUUUCCACCGAGUUUGAGUGGCUCGUUAACAACCUGCCGAGCAGACAAUGGCUCGCAGGCAUUAGGCAGAAUUGGGACGACUACCAUCUGAACCAAGCCCCCAAGCUCGGUGAUGUGAGAAUUCCAAGCGAAGAAGUUCGCAACAAGAUUGCGUCUUUGUCUGUAGAUUGCACCGACGGCAAAAGGGCAAGACUAAGUGACACUAUUCUUCCUACUCUGCGCUCUGCUGUUACCACGAUUCAGCAUAUGGGAUUUCAUUUUCUCGACAUCGAGGACGAACAGAACACAGAAUGGCUAAAACUCUCGACUUUCAGAGUCAUCACUCAUCGUGACUUGAACUUCUGCCUCAGGUUGUUGAUGAGAUUUCCCGAGACAGGUAUCAAGCCAGACAAGAUGACCAUGAUCAAGCUGUACAGAGACAUAAGCAUGUUCUGUGACCCGAGCCUGGUAGCGAGAGACCAUGCGCGUGCUGCUUUCAGAGACCACCCUUUGAUCUUCUUGCCCGACACUGGUAGCUGGGUGCAUCUUCGGACAUGCGUCUGGGAAGCUCCUCUAUGUCUGCGCAGAGUAUGUCCUAUCGCACAUAUCUACGGACCCGUGCAGUCACUCUUCAAGAAUAUUCUCAAUCUGCAAGAUGCAGGUAUUGGAGAUUUUGUGAACGAGCUUGUUUCGCAUGACAACAACAUGUCAUCUAUCAUUCACAUCAAGGAGCUGUUGCUCGAACUCAGCAGCAGAAUCAGUCCCCGCCUGACUUAUGAUCUGAAGGCUCUAGACAACUGCAAAAUCUUCCCUGUUGUUGAUAUGCAGAAACAGCGUGUUCUCAUGUCGGGCAACGAUCCGAGGUGGUUCAUCCCCGAUGGUCGAAACCUGACCAUGUCCUUCAGCGGCAUCAUCCCACUCCUUGAUUUCACACUUGCCGAGCAGAAGAAGUUGGAACCACUUCUUGACAAGAUGGGCAUCUGGGCCAGACAUUUGUCCGAGAAGGUGAACAAGGAAGAAGUGGUUGAGGGCAAGGAACAAGCCGUCCUUGACGUUAUUCACACUAGGCAGUUUCAAGUGAAGGCACACUAUCUCCUGUGUCUAACAAAUCCUGCUGAUAACUACAUGAUGAAGCCACUUCUCGAGAGUGUUGAGAUCUGGGCUGUUCAAUCAAUCAAAGUCCAUCGCUCGAUACGUCUAGACAACCAGGAGGUACGUGGCAGACCUUUGCCAGCCAAUAUCAUGAUGGGCAAAGAUCAGCGAGUUUUUGUACCUGUGAAAGACCUCGAGGAGCAUACACUGAACUGGUACGAGCUCUCAGAGAAGCUUGUCAUGCUAUGUAAGCUUGAUAAGGUGCCUAAGGAGAUUGUGCUUGGUAUACUGUCCAUGCCUUCCACGCAGCAGAUUGAGGACAUGCUGGAGGAGCAUGGUGUCAUAUUCGACAAGCUUGAACUGCGAAAGUUGACCCAAAACGUCGUUAUUCAACCUGCAGGAGCCACCAUAAGUUCCAGGCGUCAGGUCUCUGAGCAGAGUCCUCCGGAGAUGGUCACAGAUAAUGACUCAUCGAUCUCCGAUGACAGCGACAUGUCUUCGCUAGCAGUCCUCAGAAAUCUUGGCAUCAAUGUGAAGCCUGCACGGAAGGCAAAGCCUGUUACUGCUCCUCGCGCCAGGGGUGGCAGAGUUCCCCUCGAACGAGGACCUAGCUCCGAUGGCGAUGAUAUGGAGCUUGAAGGAUAUGGAGAAGACUGGGAUAAGCACUCAGACCCCUUGUACGCUCACGUCGGCCCUUCCAAGAAACAUUUUAGCUCUGGUUCAGGUCCAGGCCCAGGUCCAGGUCCAGGUCGUCAGAUGAGGGCCGGUAACUUCGGCAGCAGAAUUGCCGUGUCUGAUGUAGACAUCAACAAUAUUAACAGCGAGGACAGCGAGCCUUGUAUUGACGCCUUUCAACGGACUCAGGCGUCUGAAUAUCGCAAACAGUGCAAUGCCUCGGAGGUUGUUCUGGAAGACCCGCAGGUAAUCAGAAUCGGUGAACAGGGUGAGAUGAAGGUGUACGCAUUUCUCAAGAACCUAUUGGGCCUCUACUUCACGGACGAGAUGUGGACCAGCCACGCUAGUACCAAAUACACUGACCAAGCAUUCGAUGGAGACGAUAGUCAGUUCGCCGACUUCACAAUCCGGGAUCUCAGUGGUCGUCUUACAGACUGGCUUGUCGAGAGGGGCUGUGAUCAGCCCAAGGAGUGGAUGGACAAGAAAGGCAAAAAUGCCAUCACGUACUCCAUCGAAGUCAAGGCUACCUAUGGCCCGCAUCAUGAACCUUUCCACAUGAGCCAGAAUCAGAUUGAUAUGGCAAAAGACUACCGCAUCCAGGGCGAUGAUGUUCCUAGCAGAGUGUACGUGGUCAUGCGCGUGUCAAAUCUGGCUGGUAGUGGUAGCGGCGGAAGCGCACAGGUCCAUCCCUUCGUUGAUCCUCACGGACUAUUGAACCAAGGCGACCUGACCUGCAUCUCACAAGGCGGCUACCUGGUCUUCUCUGACCAACAGUCGACUUGAAGUUCAUGCUCGGUAAAGCUAGAAUGCUGGAGAAAGAGUAAGGAAAGAUAUGCGAGAGGCGAGUGUCACGAUCAGGAGGCAGUACGACGGAUUUGUGAUGGAAGCUCUGUUGACUCUCAAACAAGAGCUGGUGUCAUUGCUCAAAACAAAUUGCUUAUAUGGACCCCAAGUAGACACUACAGAUAACCGAUGUUCACAGUUAGUGGUUGUACUGCUCGAUUCCCAG